UCCCUCCCAAUUCCAGCCUCACUCUGACGCAUUCGCAUAUCUGCUCCUCAGCAGCAUUUUGGGGAAUGAUGAAGAUGCUCGAGACUCUUCUUCAGCAGUGAUGGCUGCCUUCAGCCCCCCUGCCCCUUUCCUCUGUGUGCUGCUGUGUGUUUCGGUGACUCUGCAGCGAUCUGACUUGCGCCUGGCUUAUGUAACCCACAACAGCUUUUUGUACUACUCCUGCAGCCAGGACCCGCAACCCUGCAGCAUCUCAUCGCUUACAGAUUGCGUAUGCAAGGACAUCCAGCUCUCCACACUGCACCGCCUACAGUCGCACUUGUCUCCUGUUUUCCAGAUGAGACGUUUAACCGUUUGGUUCACGUCACCGUCAAAUGCAGCACGUCUGCUCAACAACUCAGAGGUGAGGCACCUCACAUUGAUCUAUUGCGGAUCCAGUGGGAUGCCUCCUUUUAAUCCGGAGGGAUAUUUUGCCGUGCACCACCUGGAGAGGCUGACGGUGGUCAACCUGCCACAGAAGCCAUUUUAUCCCUAUCCAGAUUUGAACAGAGCCAAGACUGGAGACCCAGACAGAGAAAACAAUGCUGACUUAGACACAAAUAGGUACAACACAGAAAUAGACACAAAUCUGGACUUAAGGAGAGAUUAUUUAAGUCUGUCUCCAGCACAGGUCCAAGACAUCUUCCUGGGCAGGGAGCUCGGAGCAGAGUAUUAUGAACAAGCCAGACUGGGAAUCAUCCACAAAUCAGUGCUGGAGGGGGGAGCAGUGGUUAAAGCAUACACAGUAAAGACACACAUAGACAGCAGUGGUGCGCUGCCUUUCCCUGAACUCCACCUGCCGAAAUUGCCAGAGACAUCUGUCAUAUAUGUCACUUUUGUAUACUGAUAAAAAAAAUAGUUUCAUCUCUUUUAAAAGCAGGCUUUCAGUCAUUUGAAUAAGUGGUGAAAAUGUCCACGUUUCUUGGAAACUGAAUGCAUUUGAAAGAGUUUACAUUUGUUUUUGCAUUCUUGUCCUGGGAAAAAGUUUUGAAGUUUUGGUUCAAUAACUUUAAUCACAUCAGGCGGCCCAAGAGUUUGCACAGUUGUUUAUUAGUGUGUUAAAAUAGGCCAGUCAAAGAGUUUUGCUGUUUCUAUGUUUAUGCUGAAGGCAGUGGUUAGAAAGUACAAUCUGUUUCCUUCCUGUGUUAUCCAGCUGACCGAUAUUUACUCUUUUGUUUCCUAUGCAGUGCUGUGAAAAAAUAUUUGCCCCUUUCUGAUUUCUUUCCUCUUUUCACAUAUUCAGCACACUUACAGGGUUCAGAUCAUCAAAAAAGUAAAUACAAAAUACAGUUUUAAAAUGGCAAUUUUUAUUUAUUGAGGGAAAACUGCUAUCCGAAUCUACUAAUUGAUGACUCAUACAGGAGGUCACAAAAGAGCACAUAACAUAAUCUAAGUGUUGGCUUCACUUCAAUCACUUUUUUUGUUGCUUCAGGAUCAGGACAUAGAUGACUUGCUGUAAUUGAUUGAACCAUGAAUUUUGAUCUCUAACACAAAAUCCUGAAGGACAACUGUCCAGCCAUCAGUUCGUGCCCUGAAGUUCAAGCACACUUGGGUAAUGCAGCUACCAAGCAUACCUCUAAACAGGCGAUUUGUGCUUGUAAAGCCUCCAGUGUGGCGGAAGUAAAAAAAAUACUGUGGGCCAAACUUCCUCCACAGAGAUGUAAAAGACUCAUUGUCAGUUAUCACUAAUGCUUGAAUGUGGUGCUUGCUGCAGUAACCAGUGGCACAACUAAUUAUUAGGCUUAGAAAAUGACUUUUUCACAUAAUGCCAGGUAAGUUUGGAAAACCUUUUUCUCAUAAAUACAUUAAAAACUGCAUUUUGUAUUUAUCCUGGUUGCCUUUGACUAAUAUUAAAUUUUGAUUGAUGAUCUGAAAUACGUGUGACAAAUUUGCAAAAAUAAAUAAAAAUGGGAAGGGGGCUGAAUCCUUUUUCACAGCACUGUAUGUGAUAGAAAAUGGAGAAUGCAAUGAAAGCUGUGGUCCACUUCCUUAAUCUAAUGUGAGGCUGCAACACCGUUUCAUAUACUGCAGCAGUUUUUUUUCUGCAUGUCAUAAUGUCAAGCACAGUGAAUGUUGUGAAAAGAUGGAGGGUCCCUAAUUGCAACUAAACAUUCAGCUGUUUCAAAAUGAUUUGGUGUAAUGUUGACUCAAAAAUAACUUCACUUACCCACAGUCUCACGUGUCUGCCAUUGCUAGAAAAAAAACUAAAGAAGUUGAUUUGUAAGCAAAACAUGUUUUUAUGAAUCCCUCCCAGUUCUGCUUUCUCAAGCUGACUUUUUAUUUUUUUGUGUGCGAUCAGCAGAGCUUUUUGUGAAAGUAUUAAAAACAACUUUUUGUUGUUGUUGUGAAUUCAGUAUAGUUUCUAUGAUACAGUGAAGAUGGAUUCUCAGCUCACCAAAAAGCUCCUGGUAUAGUGGAAGCAGUUGGUCUUUGAGGAUGUUUUUAGGAGCCCGUUCUCACUCCCGAGGCGUAACAUCCCGACGUUUUGUCACGUCCUGCGGCGUUCCUGAGGAACGCGAAAGGUGACCUUCCACGUUGUUAUGGUACGCGGCGG